AAUGGUAGUGCGCUCCAACGUUCCAAAUCAGUUGAGGAUACUCGUGAACAGCUCGCUCGCUCUACUACAAAAUCCAAACGUUAGUGAUGUGGGCUGUGUUGGUGAUGAUGCUGGCAUUCUUGAACUCAGCUUCUUCACAAUCAGAAUUCCCAGCUUGCUCACCUGUUGACAGAGCUGCUCUUCUUGGAUUCAAGGCUGCCAUUGUCAAGGACACCACCGGUUUCCUGUCCACGUGGACGGGGGGCGACUGCUGCAGCGGCGGCUGGGAGGGCGUGGAGUGCACCGAGGGAGGGAGAGUCAACAGGCUGAUGCUGCAGAACCCUGAUGCAGAUGGUGGUGUGUUGAUGAAGGGAGUUCUCUCUCCGUCCCUCGGUAGCUUGCGUUUUUUGGAGAUAUUGAUGAUCACCGGCAUGAGGCGGAUCGCAGGGAGGAUUCCUGAGAGCUUCUCGAAUCUCACACGCCUCACUCAGCUGGUUCUUGAUGACAAUUCACUGCAAGGAAGCAUUCCUUCCAGCUUGGGCCGGUUGAGGAAUCUUCAGACAGUGUCCUUGAGUGGGAACCGUUUUAACGGCCAGAUUCCACCUGCAUUUGGGAAUUUGAGGAAUCUCCUGCAGCUGAAUCUGGCCAAGAAUCUGCUGACUGGCCCUGUUCCUCAUGCUGUUGGGACUCUCAAAAGCUUGCAGUCUCUUGAUCUCAGCUUCAACAUGUUGUCUGGAUCCAUACCAGAUUUUCUUGGACAGCUGCAGAAUCUGACAUAUCUUGUGCUUACUAGGAACCAUUUUACUGGGCAGAUACCGAUCUCUUUGUGCAGUUUAGCCCAACUAUCUGAGCUGUCACUUGAUCAGAAUCACCUGGUUGGGAGGAUUCCUGCACAGAUUAGGAAUCUGAAGUCAGUUUCUGUAUUGAGAUUGGGCUCUAACAAGCUCACUGGUCAGAUCCCAGAAUCCAUUUCUGAGCUGCACAGCUUGUGGAACCUCAACUUGUCCAGGAAUCUGCUGACUAACCCUUUUCCUGAUUCAGCAUUUGCAAAGGGGCUUCCUUCGAUUCUGGCUAUCGAUCUUUCUUAUAAUAAUCUUGAUUUAGGGGCUGUUCCUACUUGGAUCAGAAACAGGCAGCUCUCUGAUGUCCAUCUAGCAGGCUGUAAGCUGCGAGGGGCGCUGCCAAACUUCACCAAGCCGGACUCCUUGGCCACGUUGGACCUAUCAGACAACUAUUUCACUAGUGGGAUCUCGAGUUUCUUGGCAAACAUGGCAAGUUUGCAGGCUGCGAAGAUCUCCAACAACUUGAUCAAGGCUGAUGUCUCCACAAUUAGGUUGCCUGACCAGAUUUCAGCUCUUGAUCUCCAUUCAAACCACCUCUUUGGCUCUCUGUCAAGGAUACUGAGCAACACAACGAGCAGAUUUAUGGAGGUGCUGGAUGUUUCCAACAAUCAGAUAUCUGGAAGCAUCCCUGAAUUGGUUGAGGGGUUGAACUUGAAGGUGCUGAACCUGGCAAGCAACAAGUUAUCAGGCCAUAUUCCCAAUUCAGUUUCAAACCUUGCCAAGCUGGAAAAAAUCGACAUUUCAAGAAACCAGAUAACAGGCACCAUCCCAGCUAGUCUGGGGUCAUUGGUGAAACUGCAUUGGCUGGAUUUGUCAAUCAACGGGCUCACUGGAAGAAUCCCCGACAGUUUGCUGGGAAUCGAGGCACUGAGGCAUGCAAGCUUCAGGGCAAACAGAUUGUGUGGGAAGAUCCCACAAGGAAGGCCAUUGAACAUAUUCCCAGCAGUUGCAUAUGCUCACAACUUGUGCUUGUGUGGCAAACCCUUGCCACCCUGCAAAGGAAAAAAGAAGAGAACAAUGGGCCAGUGAUAUGCUGACUCUCUAUGCUCAUAAUCCCAUAUGAGCAGAAGUUUGAUUAUCUUUUUAUUCAUUCGUGAGUUUAGGGUACACAUUUUUCAGGAUUCUUAGCAUGUAGCAACACUUUGCCUAUCUAAAUUCUUGCAGUGAUUUACCAUAUUCUUCGUUCAA